AUGGUCAAGGGUACCAGUCCCGGAAAAGCGCUUGUUCUGCCAGCAUCUGGCGCGAAGUCGGCGUCCAUCAUCAGGAAAAAAGUUGUUAGCGAUACGGAAGAGUAUCAACGACAGAAGCGAGUACUGAGUAUGCUGGAAACAGCGAAAAGAGAAGAAGAGGAAAAGGGUCAACAAGGUCAAGCUCAGCAGCAACCGACUCCGCCUCCAAGUCAAGGCCUUUCCGAAGGCCAGCAACCAAGAACUGCGGUGCCGAGUAGCCAAGAACAACAGCAGCCUCCUGCUGCACCUACUGUGCAAAGUCAACAGGGGCCGACUACUCCUGUACAGAUUCAGGAGCAGCCUCCUGCCGUGCAGCAGGGUCAACAGCAGACUACUCCUGUACAAAGUCAGCAACAGCAGACGUCGGCACCACCACAGCAGAAUCAGCAGACCACUGUCACAAGGACAUUAGAAGCAGCGAAUGAUGUAGCGGCAACAACGACCACUAUUAUGGGUACCGUCAUCGCAUCUUUUACAACAUCUUUCAGCCAGUUCCUUCUUGGAACAAGCUAAGAGAUGUUCUAAAAGACGGGUUGUCGGUGCCUCUAACACCAGCAACCACGUGCAGCAAGUUCAGCAACAGGUGCAGGCACCAGCCUCCUCCGAAAACGCGGGUGCUAGGUCGUCGUCAAGCACAACUAGCGUUGUCCUGGGAGAUCCACCAGCCGGUCGAGGUGCUUCGUCAACAGUAACAAGUGUCUCUAGCAACAUAUGGCAAGAAAAAGUGUACUCAUACUCAAUAAAUUUUACAGCUAGGAUUUAAGUAGGAAAGUAGCUAAAGGGUGAAGAGUACACUUUUUCGUGUCAUACAAUAUGACGCCAUCGUCACAGUCAGGACCUCGCAAUUAUCACGGUAGCAGUCCCCAUCCGCCAUAUCUGCUGUCAGUCUUAGUCGCGAGUGCGAAUCCGACAGAGAUCGGCCUCUACGAAGCCAAAUUGAAGCCUCAGAUUACCGGAAGUGACCUCGUGUUGCCUCCACUCCACGUCCACAGUGACUCGACG